AUGACGGAAUCUGAGAGCAAUGGCUUCUACGCGCCGCAAAUGCGCAAAGUGCCCACUGGCGAAUUUGUGAGGCCGAGCAGAAAGACUAAUGGUGCUGGUGUACAGGCUGAGGACACGCGGAUAUGCGUCGUCAUGGUGGGCUUGCCCGCGCGUGGGAAAAGUCUGAUUGCGCAAAAAGUGGUCCGCUACCUGCACUGGCUAUCGAUCAAGUCGAAAACAUUCAAUGUAGGCCAGUAUCGCCGCACCGCGACCCCGAACCCGUCUGCCGAGUUCUUCGACACGUCGAACCCGGAAGGAGAGCGCCUGCGCAGGGCAGCCGCCGAGGCAGCCGUCAAUGACAUGUGCAAGUGGUUCGCCGAGGGCAGAGGGCUCAUUGCGAUACUGGACGCUACCAACUCGACCAAGAGCCGGCGCAGGUGGAUACAGGAGCGGUGCGCCGCGGAGAACAUUGAGACGCUCUACGUCGAGUCGAAAUGCGACGACGAGGAUCUCAUCAUGAGCAACAUCCUCGAAGUCAAGACGACGUCACCGGACUACGUGGGGCAAGAUCCAGAAGAGGCUGCAGCCGACUUCCGCAACAGGAUACGCAACUACGAAAAGGUGUACGAGACGAUUGACGAGGACGAGCGCGACCUCACCUACGUCAAGCUGAUUGACGUGGGAAAGCAAGUCAUCAUCAACCAGAUUCAGGACUACCUCCAGAGCCGUGUCGUGUACUACCUGAUGAACCUCCACAUCAAGCCGCGGUCGAUCUGGUUAUCACGGCACGGCGAGUCGCAAUACAAUCUGUCAGGACAAAUAGGAGGCGACGCAGACCUGUCGGAGCGCGGUGAUGCGUAUGCGCAUGCGCUUCCUGGCCUGGUGGCCAAGUCAGUAGGAGACGGCCGGCAACUCACCGUCUGGACAUCCACGCUGAAACGAACGAUCCAAACCGCACGCUUCCUCACUUUUGAAAAGCUCGAAUGGAAAGCUCUCGACGAGCUCGACUCGGGCGUCUGCGACGGCCUGACCUACGCCCAGAUUGAGCAAAAGUACCCCGAAGACUUUGCGCAGCGCGACGAAGACAAGUACAACUACCGCUACCUGGGCGGUGAAUCGUACCGUGACGUCGUCAUCCGCCUCGAGCCCAUCAUCAUGGAGCUCGAGCGCAGCGAGAACAUAUUGAUCGUAACGCACCAGGCGAUCCUGCGGUGCAUAUACGCAUACUUUAUGAACGUGCCGCAGGAGCAGAGCCCGUGGAUGGAAGUCCCGUUACACACACUGAUCAAGUUGACGCCCAAGGCGUACUCGACGCAAGAGGAGAGACUGAAGGCGGACAUUCCCGCCGUCAGCACGUGGAGAGCAGCCGGGAUGUCCGUCUGCGAUGAGCCGCCAGGCGAGGACAUGCAGAGGGAUUUGGAGAGUAGGGGGCAGGUGGGCAAGGCGUGGUCUUAUUGGAAGGAUUGA